CAGCAUCAGCUGCUCUCUGACUGGGUCCUGAUUAAGGUCCGCCCGAGACAGACUUCAUUGGAUCCACACUCGAGAGGACUCUCCCAGGUUUUCCUGAACCUCCUACAUCGCCGUCAAGUGCCAGCGCCUUAAGACUUGGUCACUCUAUAUAUGCCUUUCCUGGGUCCACGGGAAGCAUGAGUCUUUUGGGACUUGGAACAAGAAGAAAACAAGACAUCUUUGCGAGGAAAACCAGACAGUAACAAAAAGUAUCCCAAAGUCUGAAGAGACAGCAGACAAACAUGGCCGACGGAGGACUCAGGGAUCCUUCGGAGGACUCUCCAAAGGAUUUAGAAAAUGACCCAUCAAUAAAUUCUCAGGUACAGGAGACCACAGUUACAGCAAGUACCACUGAAAAAGAAGAAGAAGCUCAGACCCUAAACCCUGCCUCUGGUUUCAACAAGGACCACCAAGAGGUAGAAACAAUAGGUUCAGGAAGUGCAGAUACAGGUCCGGAUGAAACAAAUGACGGGAACUAUCCAAAGGAUGAAACAGGACAUGAGACCAAGCAGAGUUUUCAGGAGGGAGAACAAGGGCAUCAACUCUCUUCAGAAAGUCUGGGUGAAGAACCCAACAGUUCUCCAAGUGACAAGGCAGGAGGAGCAGAUGCACACUUAGAGAACAUCUCUGCCGCCCUCCCUGAGGCAGCGAGCGACAGACCCGGAGUGCCCCAGGAGCCACCUGCCGUAGACCCUGAGGAUGCCCAGUCUGGUCCUUUCAGUGCAGGGCUGGAGAGCCAGGGUGCACUGAGGAGGCGACUGCUGGCGCCAGAAGCUGAAAGUCACCACCAAGAAAUACAAAAAUUGGAAGAAAACAAAGAAAAUACACAAGGAAAUAUACGAAAGAAUAAUAAAAAGGAGUUUUCUAGCUACGGCUCCAUCAUCGUUGUCUUCCUGGUUCUGACUCUUCUUUUGCUAAGCUCUGUUCAUAGCUACUAUUCCUCUCCAGCACAGCAAGUGCCCAAAAAUCCAGCUUUGGAGGCCUUCUUGGCUCAGUUCAGCCAGUUGAAGGAUAAAUUUCCAGGCCAGAGUUCCUUUUUGUGGCAGAGAGGACGUAAGUUUCUCCAGAAGCAUCUGAAUGCUUCCAAGCCCAGCGAGCCCGCCACCAUCAUUUUCACAGCGGCUCGAGAGGGAAGAGAGACCCUGAAGUGCCUGAGCCACCACGUGGCGGAUGCCUACACCUCUUCCCAGAAGGUCUCUGCCAUUGAGAUCGAUGGGGCUGGAAGAAGCCGGCAGGACAGCGACGUGGUCAAGCUGCUGGUUGACAUGGCGCUGAGCUCUGGCUUUGAGAAUGGCCAGAAGGCUGCCGUGGUCCACCGCUUUGAAUCCCUUCCCGCGGGCUCCACCUUGAUCUUCUACAAGUAUUGUGACCACGAGAAUGCCGCCUUCAAAGACGUGGCCCUGGUCCUGACCGUUCUCCUAGAGGAGGAGACAUUAGAAGCAAGUGUCGGCCCAAGGGAAACGGAGGAAAAAGUGAGAGAUUUACUCUGGGCCCGCUUUACCGACUCAGACACACCCACCUCCUUCAACCACAUGGACUCCGACAAGCUGAGUGGCCUGUGGAGCCGCAUUUCCCACCUGGUGCUGCCUGUCCAGCCAGUGAGGACCAUAGAGGAACAGGGGUGCCACCUAUAAGCUAAGCUUAGAGCUGGUUACGGAAGUUGGAGGUUGACGAAAAAGUCAGUUUAAAAGCCUUCCACUGACAUGGAAAGAGAUUGAUGAAUGUGAACAAAUCACCGGAAAUGCCCAAAUAUGCUUAUUUUAGGAAACAAAUUUAUUUUUUACUUUUUGUAAUGUUUUUCUACUCAAAGUUGACAAAGUUAAAGGUUGACUUUACCUUUCAAGCCAAUCAGGUUUGAAAUAUAGCAUGGUGUAUAUAACAGGAUUAUAAGACAGCAACAGAAUUAUUGCACAGGAAAGGAAUCUGCCAAGAGUAACUACAGAGUGGAUUUUGUUUUCUUGAGAAUCUAAAAAGCCUUUCGGAUAGUAUUUGGACUAAAGCAAUUACAGUUAUGAAGCAAUGAUAAUUUAAAAAGUUUUUUUUCUUAUCCUAUGUCAAACAUUUUAAAAACUCAUUUUAAUAGCUUAGUUGUGGGAUUACAUUUUAUACUAAUUUGCACUGUUGAAUAGUAUGAAAAAAGGAAAUUUGAAUUGAAAUACUUAAAACCUAAAUACUAUACGGAAGGCACCGUACUAUUUUUCUGUGAAUGAGCUGGGAUAAAAGCAGCUGUACGCAAGAAAUGUUCUUAAAAAUUGGGGGAAUUGUUUAUAAUCGUUGGAAACGAAGUUCCAGUUGGCUGUGUCUGUUCCAUUACAUGGCACUCCUAGGAACGGUCACCAUGCUCCUGGAAUAUUUCAGUGAGGUUUUGGGAUACGUUUUUUCUUAAGUCACAUGAUUAAAGUAUGGAAGGAGUUUCAGAACCAGUAAGGAGAUAAUAGAUUCUUACUGAUACCUAAAAAGAGAUCACAAAGAGCUGGGGGAAGAAUCUAUUUGAAACACAUGCGUCUCUUCUAACCAAGGCCUUAUGUUGUGCUCAGUUGAGGUAGGACAUUCCUAAAGGGGCAAACCUAAAGGGACUUUGUGAAGCAAUCUGCCAACAGAUUUGAGGAAAGAACUGCCUGAACACAAAGUUAAAGCAUAGUGAACAUAAUAUCAAUAUCGAUCUAAUGUAAACUCAGAGGACAUUGGAGAAAAAUCUAUAUAGUAUAUGCAAAAUUUUUCUGCCUUUCUAGAUCUCAGUUGCUAGCAUUACAUCACACAGACCGAUGAUGCCUGGUACACCUAUUUCGUUGGCCUGCUGACCUGUGCUACCUCGGAUCUGUAACCAGUGUGAAGUGUGCAUAGCUAAUCUGCCAGUGACCCAGAUCACGGCUGAAGCGAAGUCUUAUUUUUUCAUUCAGUUGAAUAUAGUUUCUCAGCCUUUCGGAAUUUCAAUGUAAUUUAGAAAAGGAAAUUUAAGAAAUGUUAACAAAUUUUUUUAAUAUGUAGUCUUUGAUAAAAAACACUUCUUCUUCCUUGUAUAAGUGCAAUCAAUUGAAAAUGUUGUCAGUUUUCUGUCCACUACUUCAAAAAUCAUUUUGCAAAGAAGCAGUAUAUUAUUAGCUCUGGGUCUUUUCAUGAAUAAAAUGAUUAUUUUUAAAGCGUAAAAAUUUAUAUUUUUAAAUGUACAAAUAAUUAAAAUGUAUUAUCUAAUGUACUCAGUUUAAUUUCUACUCAGUUGUUUCUAUUUUUUGCAUUUUUCAAGUUUCCAAAUGUUCUUGUAUAUCUUGUUCACCUUUCAUUACUAUAAUAGAUAGCUUGUUUAUUUGACUUAGAACAAUGACUUGUGGGUAUAUGAUACCAUAUGUGAUACUGAAACAUCACCAUUUAUUAUUGUAGAACAACUCUCAUUACAUAACAUAUUCAUAUAAGUCACUUCUUGAUUAACAGCAGAGUUCUAGAAGCAACUGGUGGAAUCAGAAAUUGUCUCUGGACUUGAGUUUUCUUUUUUGACUGUGGUGCAAAUUUUAGGUUCCCUACUUAAUUUCCAAGGGGUGGUGGAGGAGUUCUAGGGGCUUCAUAUCGCUAAAGAUAGUCAUGAUCUUGUCUCUGUUUCUUUAAGUCAAUAAGAUUUCAAUGUAUUUCAUUUGAAGGCCUCCGCGCUUACAGUAGUAAGGCGUAGCAUGCUGUCACCCACCAUCCCCCAGGUGAACUGUGCAGCCGCUGAGGUGGUUUUGACCCUUUCACAGUUGUUAAUUGUUUGAUUUAUACUUUUAUCUGUUAAAAACAGGAAGCAUAAUGAGCACUGAUGUUAAACUACAUAUAACAAAUAUACAAUGUGAAAGUGAUAAUAAUUCAGCUAUACAAUCUUUACCAAAAAUUGUAUGCAGGUAUCUAGCACUUCAAAAACUAAUGUUAAAUGGAAAAUAUAAUUGUUAUAUCUGCUUAGGAUUAUUUAAUGGGAAUAAAGCUUAUAUCUAUACACAGUUUACUUGUAAGAAAUAGCAACGUGAAAACUUAAUUUUAUCAUUUGAAAAUAAAACAAUAAUUAUAAAAAUAAACCAGUGCAUCUUUGUAAAGCCCUUAAUAUAUCAUUUAAUAAAAGCAGUUUUUAAUGUUUUUCAAAAGUUGAAUAUGUAGUUAAGUAUCAGUAUUCAUUUUAAUAUUUUGUUCACUGAUUUAAGCAUAAUAUAUUUCAUUUAAAAAUU